CCAACCUUCAACAAAAUGCAGGCCAAUAUCACCGACAAGCGACAUUCAGUCUGCGGUGGCCACUCAACUGCCAGGUGGGACAGAACCAAGUGACGUCGGUGGGUUGGCAGAGGCACAGCAGGAUGCCACAUCUCACUUGGAAGCAGUGGUCAGGCUUGAUAAAAAUAAACAAGAAAGCCCUCUUGUUCAAGAGUCUACAUGUGACCCUGCCAAAGCUGCAGUUCCAAAGCCCACGAAUCAACUACCUUCAGCCACAGCUAACAGGCACCCGUGCACAGAUAUAAGCCAACCGUUAGUAAAAAAGCCUGGCAAACAAAACAGGAGGAAUAAACAGCAUCAGGUGGGUGUGCAUAAUCGUGCAGCCAAACUCUUGCCACCAAAGCCUAUUGCUGAGCCAAAUUCUACAAUAGUUUCGAUGGCGAUAUAUUACAAAAAGCUCGACAGUUCUGCCAGCAAGAAUUCCAUGGUCAGAGUCUAUACUGUUUCACCAAAAAAUCGAGCCAACAGCCAAAUCCCCCUUAAGAAGGUAUCUAGGACUGACGCAGCGGAGGUCACGACACUGGAAACUGUAGCAAAACAAGUGUUGCAAAGUAAUGUACGUGCUUAUAGCCAAAGUGCAAAACAGGUGGAACAACAGAGUAGAGAAAAGAGUGAUCAUGACCUGAGCGUGGCCGCACCUCCAACUGUGGAUCAACCUGCCCCGCAAACAUCGUCGAUCGACAAAGCUGAUGCGCCAGCCCAACCACAGCACUCAUGCCAGUACUCGAGACCCAACAGUUACAUCCAGGCUAUUGAAACACCUCCCCAUAUUAUUUCAGUCAAAAGUCCAAGAGUACCUUGCGCUGACGGUACACCGGGCAACGGUAAAGCAACCGCGGUGCUGGUUAGUUCAUCACAGGGUUUGGAGGAGAAGAGUAAAGAGAGGGGAAUGCCUACAAAGGAGACUGCCGUCACCAUAGAGGGUGGAAUGGAGAAGAAAGAGGAGGAAUCUGUAACCAAAGUUCCACCCUGCAUGGCAACUGUUCAGCCACAGGAUAAGGAUAUUUGUAGUACUCGCCCUCAUGAUACAAAGGCCAAGACAACACACGGCAGUCACGGGGCCGAUACAAGGAGCAGCACCAGCACUCGUGUUGCCAUCGGCGCAAAUGCAAUCACGAUCGUGAAGAAGAGCACCCACACAAUAACACAAGUUCGUGGUGGCAACCCCACCGGAAAAACACAAAUUGCUGCUGCCACCUUCAGCACCAUGAUGCCGGUCGACAACAGUGCCAGCAAGGGAGACUUCAUUAUAGGUGCGAAGACAAAUGUCACCACCAACAUUACCAUGAGCACUGCAGUGGAUAAGACUAUGAGCAGCGUAAGUCCUGCCUCCCCACACGACACGGUCACCUCCAGCAACGCUACCCACGAAGCGGCGGCCACCUCUAGCACCGCGGCCAAGAGCAAAGCUAUCAGCGUGCACCCUCGAGACGAUGCCACGAGUGCGUGCGACGUAAAUAAAGCGAAGGGAGCGGAGGACAUGGCCCCUGUGCGCAGAGGUACGGGACGCUUCCCUCCCUUUGUGGUGGAAGGAGAGUGCAAGCACCGCGCGGCGAACAAGGCCAGCAAGCAUCUCGAACGAACGCCACAAGGGCGACGAUGAGACCGCCAAAAGGGAGCUCCAGGAGGGAUGGACCUCCGGAGAUGUGCGUGCUCACCAUUCUUGCCUUUCUCGUCGCUUGGACGUCCACCUCAACGCCUCGCUCGUUCUUGGCUGAAGACAGCCUGCAAUGCUAUUUUUUAGUGCAUCUACGAA